UUAUUGUUUGCAUAUCAGUGUUGAAACUUUUUUCUUACAGCUGCAAUUAAUGACUGACACCUCACCCACAAACCCUGUGAAUGUAACACUUUUACAGGCAGGUUGCAUUUGAGACUUGGAGAUAUUCUUCUGUGAAUUAAAAUGAGGCCUCCUAUAAGAUUUAGCAUCACACUUCAUCAACAGUUGGCAUUUAGCUGAGAUUUGCUACUUGGAGAAUCCUAAGCUUUGUGUGGACAAACACUUUUUAAACCUUACUUUGGGAAAAAUAAUAAAAUUGUAUGUUUUUCUUUAUCAGAUUUGACUGCCGAUUCAAUACAUGCAGCUUUUAUGCCCUUGUAAAUAAUUAAUGUUAUGUCUCUCUUCCCAUUCAUUUUGAUAUGAACCUGGUCUUAUUAGUGCAAAAUAACUGCCUUAGGGCGUCUCUAAGAUGUUUGAUCAGUUAGACUAAGAAAACUCUUGAUAAAGGAAACGUUUCUCUCCGUUUCUUUAGCACUCAUGAUUAUUAUAUCAUGUUAACUGUUUUCAGUUGGCCUGUUGGAAUGUUAAACACUAAAACUGACCAUAGUGUGAUCACUUUAUGUUACAGAAGGCUGAAAAUAGUUAAUAUAGAAAUAGAAAAUGUGCCUGUUUGCUGUCCUGCUGAUUUGACAACAUUCAUGCUCAUGUCUGCAAGUGAUAUUAAAUAUAAAGUUUGUGUACUAAAUCUGUGUUCUAGCUCCAAUCAAGCUCCCUAAAUAACAUUUUAUAUCCUUUAAAAUGAAUAAAGGCAAGUUAUUUCACAUAAGUAUUCCUGGUGGGGUGUGUGGGGCUGCCAGGAAAACUCAAGGAAAUCACUUACCAGGAAAUCAUGACAAAUAUACCAUCCCCAGUGUGAAGCAUGGUGGUGGCAGCAUCAUCAUGUGGGACAGGGCUUGUAAAGGUUAAAGGUAAAAUGGAUGCUGCAAAAUAGAGGGAAAUCCUGGAGGUUUGCAUCAGAUUGUCCUUACUUAGUAGAAGAUUUGUUUUCCAGGAAGACGAUGACCUGAAGCAUGAAGAGAAAUGAUCUAAAGACAACAAAGUGAAUGUUUUUAAGUGGCUGAAUCAGAGCCCAGACCUCAGUCCAGUUCUGUUUACUUCUGAUCCCUGUGCAGCCUGGCAGAUCUUGGGCAGUUUGCUUAGAAGAAUGGGGUAAAAUUGCAACGUUCAGAUGUGCAAGGUUGAUUGAGAACUAUCCACGUAGAUGCAAUGCUGUAAUUGCGGCCAAAGGUGCAUCUACUAAAUAUUGACUUAAAGGGGGUGAAUAGUCAGGCAUUUGCUUUUAGAAUUUCAAAGAAUUGACAUCACUUUGUAGAAAUGUGUUUUCACUUUGUUGUGAAAUAGUCUUUUUUUUUUUUUUUUUUGAAGGGGGGGAAUUUUUGUCAAGCUAAAUUAUAUUUACCAUGUUGAAAAGUAAUAAAAAGGGAAUACUUUUAAUGGGCACCGUAGCUCCCUGAAAAAUAAAAACUCAUCCUGUUUAAAGAUGGAACAUGUUAACUGAACUGACAUUUUUUUCCGCUUUGCGUGAAGCCAAUUUAGCUUUUUCAAUAUUUAUGGUAAACUGCUAACUGGCUGCUCUAGUUUCAUAUUUAAGGGACAAAUAAGAGUAUUGAUCUUCUCAUCUAACAAGAAAGCAGAUGUUUUAGCUACUGCUUUAAGGGAUUUUUACUCUCUUAUUGCAUUCAAACUGAUAUUAAAUGUACAACCACAGUGUUGUGAAAGAAAACGUGGAACAGUUGAAAAGGGCAAGAGGAGGUAAUAACAAAUUUGUGUCACUUUUUUGAUUCAAGAUUAGCAGACUUUGUCAGGAACUCCCCUGCCACCCUCAGAAUCCAUGCAGGCCGAUGACGUACAGGUGUUCAAGAGGAGUGCAUCAUAAACGGCAUAAAAGUCCUGAAAUCAGAUCUUGAUUGUGGUUUAUUGUUUUAUCUACUCGAAAUGAUUUUUGCACAUCCUUCUCUAAUUUUCUGCAGACUUCUAUGGUGAAGAUGUGUGAACAGAUAAAUUGUCUACAGCCAUAAACUACGUUAGGUUUCUGUCAGAUACCGCCGACGUGGAAUUGUCCUCAAUUACCGGGUUAAAGUGUACUUUGCAUCUCUGGCUUCACUCGUCAUUAUAAAACUGAUAAGUAGCACUCUGCGACAGAUUUGCAUCGCUGACUUCGACUUGAGUGGCUCAGUCUGCCAAACCUCAGCUUCAGUCAUUAAAGUGACAAACGAGUGAAUCAGUCAGAGGGUGGCUCCUCCCCAACCUAAUUAAAAGCUUUAAUACGAGCAGCAGGAGACUCCACAGCCACCCUGACGCAGAGCAGCAGCUGUCCUCAGCGCGAUCUGCAAGCAGCAUGAGAACCCUCCGGGAAAAAAUCAUCCUUCUUUCUCUUUUUCUGUCUCUCAUAUAUGUCACUCAGGUCGAUUCCCUGCCUGUACGUGAUGACUGGAAAGGUUUGAUCCAGCGGACCAAAAGGUCACUGCUGUGGCGUUGGAACAGUAUGAAGCCAGUUGGUGCCAGCUGCAGGGAUCACUCAGAGUGUGGCACAAAAUACUGCAGGAAAAACAUGUGUUGGUUCUGGACCUCUCCCUGAAUAAGAGACGCACAAACACGACUCUACAAAACAAACAUCUGCUUUAUGGACCAAACCUGACUUGUCUCGAAAUAAAGCCUGUGUGAAAUGGCUGCGCUGAUACAGCCGAACUGGAA